CCACCAUCUUCAGGGUCUUCUGUGCUGACUCUCGACGCUAAUUGACGCUUUGACUGUGGACAUAGAGAUGGAUAGAACGAUUUGGUGGACAAUAUUAUUGUUAUCGGGCCUUCGUGUUGCUGCACAGGCAAAUGUCCCUGCUUGUGUAUCGACAUGUAUGAGCCAAGUUGCGAGUCAGGUGGGAUGCGCGGGCUCACAAGAUCUACCUUGCGUAUGUAAAUCGCAGACCUUCAUCUCGGAUGUUAUGCAAUGCUUUGCAUCAUCGUGUGACGUGGAUGAUCAAGAGACGGGUAGCGGGAUUGUGCGGGCUGAAUGUAUUGUGUUCUCGUCAGCUUCUGUCACUUUGCCUACAUCAACGACAUCUGGAACGGAGACGAGUCCUACAAGUACUGUGACGAUUACAACUACAGAUACCAGUUUGGGCGCAACAGAUACCUCUUCUGCAUCAACUAACCCUCCUGUUACGACAUUUACGACAACAUUCUCCAUUCCACCAGCUACAUCUGUGAUCACCAGCACUCUCAGUCCUGGUACAUCCGGGUCAGCUACAGCAAACUCAACUCUGAGCACGGAAACGUCAAUAUCGACUGCUAGCGACUUGACUUCUUCGACGCUGACUGUACCGCCUUCAAGUACGUCGAGUUCACCGAGCUUUGAGGCUACUGUGACUAGUACGAGGAGUGUUGCACCUCCUGAAACGAGUGGAAACUCUGCUGUUGCUGGGCGGUUGGGUACUUUGAACGGGAACGGACAACUCGGGUUUGGUGUUAUACUGCUUUCGUUUGUUUGCGUUGUAGUUGCCUCUUUCUUCUUCUGAUGCACUAAGACAUUGGUAUGCGUUUCGUGUCCUCCUAGGACCUUGUUGCACUUCGUGAACUGGUUAUGGAAUUCUUCUGGAACUUUUUAUUGCUUUGUGACGAAUUUUUCCCUCUCCCGAGCUGAUUCCACUGUACUACAACAAGGAAAGAU